GGCAGAAAUUCCCACAAGCACACGCCGCUAUCGCGUAGAAAGCCUUCAGAGAAAAGCUCGUGUUUGACACUGACACAAGGUGUGAUGUUAAGAUGUCCACAUGCUUUCGGCCAUGUUAGUGUGGAACACCCUAUAAUAUUUAUAAUUAUAAAUUAUACAGUAAUUAUAAUAAUUACUGUAUGUGAGAGUUUGUCACUGUUUACAGGUAGUUUGAGUGAGACAAAUCUAUCUGUAUCCACCUAAAAUAAUAUUAAACCUUCAUACACAAUAUGACAUUCUUAAUUGUUAUUUUACAAAAAAAAAAAAAAGUGUUUAGUUUUAAUAAGCUUUUUCUUUCUUUCUUGGCAUAGCGUUAGCGUUUUUGUUUGUUUGUUUGUUUUUCUCCACCCGUAAUCCGAAAAACCGCUCUUCCUGAACUACGUCAUAUUCAUGAGCAGCCCGUAUGAGUGCCUGCAAUCCCAUUGGCUAAUAUCCUUGUGAACUCAGCCAAUCACAGCGCAGGAGCCCCGAACACUCUCAGCCAAUCAUAACAUUGUCGAGAGGAAUGCGGGUGACGGAAAAGCGCCGCGUCCUGAACCACUUUCUACUGAACGUGUAAUGAAGUGCACUAGCGGUAGCAUUAAGGACUAUGCAGUGCGCUUCUGUAGGGGAGAAGGGAGCCGUUUGGGAUUUGACCAAAAUAACGCCUAGGAGAAGUGGGGAGGCUUUACCGUUAGCUAGCCCUGCUAAUGCGGCUGCUUUAGUUCUUAGCCUGUAGCAGCUAGAGCUAACAUCAGUGGAGAUUGUUGUUUUUUUAAUCCACUUUGUUUAAAAUAAAUAAAUAAAUAAAAAUAACACGCCAAGUAAUGGACUCGGACGAGGGUUAUAACUAUGAGUUCGACGACGAGGAGGAGGAAUGCAGCGAGGACAGCGCGGAGGAGGAAGCCGACGACGAUGCGCUGGACCUCGGCGAAGUGGAGCUGGUGGAGCCGGUGGUAGCCGGAGGAGAGCGGGACGGGUGCGAGGAGACCGGCAGCGGCGGCGGCCUCGGGGCCGGACGGGACGAAGAGGAUUACCGAUACGAAGUGUUAACCGCCGAGCAAAUCCUCCAGCACAUGGUGGAGUGCAUCAGGGAGGUGAACGAGGUUAUUCAGAACCCAGCGACUAUAACUAGAAUAAUGCUCAGUCACUUCAACUGGGACAAAGAGAAGCUCAUGGAGAGGUACUUUGACGGGAAUCUGGAUAAAUUAUUCUCGGAGUGCCAUGUGAUCAACCCCAGUAAGAAGGCGAGGACGAGACCGAUGAGCACGCGUUCGUCUAAUCAGGACAUGCAUUGCCAGAUCUGCUACCUGAACUAUCCCACUUCGUAUUUCACAGGUCUGGAGUGUGGACACAAAUUCUGCAUGCAGUGCUGGGGGGAUUACCUGACCACCAAAAUUAUAGAAGAGGGGAUGGGUCAGACCAUCUCAUGUCCUGCUCACAACUGUGAUAUUUUGGUUGAUGACAACACUGUAAUGCGGUUGAUCACCGACUCAAAAGUGAAGCUGAAGUACCAACAUUUAAUCACGAAUAGUUUCGUAGAGUGCAAUAGACUUUUAAAAUGGUGUCCGGCUCCUGACUGCCAUCAUGUGGUUAAGGUCCAGUAUCCAGAUGCCAAGCCAGUGCGCUGCAAUUGCGGGAGACAGUUCUGCUUCAACUGUGGAGAGAACUGGCAUGACCCGGUGAAGUGUAAGUGGUUGAGGAAGUGGAUUAAGAAAUGUGACGAUGACAGCGAAACAUCGAACUGGAUUGCAGCAAAUACCAAGGAGUGUCCCAAGUGCCAUGUGACCAUCGAAAAGGACGGCGGUUGCAACCACAUGGUUUGCCGUAACCAGAACUGUAAGGCGGAGUUCUGUUGGGUGUGUUUGGGUCCGUGGGAGCCUCAUGGGUCGGCCUGGUACAACUGCAAUCGCUACAAUGAAGACGACGCGAAGGCGGCCCGAGACGCCCAGGAGCGUUCCCGUGCAGCACUGCAGCGUUACCUUUUCUACUGCAACCGCUACAUGAACCACAUGCAGAGCCUGCGCUUCGAGCACAAGCUGUACGCGCAGGUGAAGCAGAAGAUGGAGGAGAUGCAGCAGCACAACAUGUCGUGGAUCGAGGUGCAGUUCCUGAAGAAGGCUGUGGAUGUGCUGUGCCAGUGCCGGUCCACGCUCAUGUUCACCUACGUCUUCGCCUUCUACCUCAAGAAGAACAACCAGUCCAUCAUUUUCGAGAACAAUCAGGCUGACCUGGAGAAUGCUACAGAGGUGCUGUCGGGCUAUCUGGAGCGAGACAUUUCCCAGGAUUCCUUGCAAGAUAUCAAACAGAAAGUCCAAGACAAGUAUAGAUACUGCGAGAGUCGACGCCGAGUUCUGCUGCAGCACGUGCACGAGGGCUAUGACAAGGACUUAUGGGAGUAUUUAGAGGACUGAGGAAGAUUCCUCCAAUCAUAAACUCUCUCUACGAGGAGGAACCCUCCUCUCCGGCGGCUCCCGAGAAACGCUCUCGGUCGCCUCCAGACAUCGUCUACGUACCGCAUCCAUUUUUUUUUCAUGCCUCUUCUGUUUUGUUUUUAUUGAGACUCUAAAUUAAUUUUAUUUGAAAUAAAAAGCUAGCUUUAUUAAAGACAAAACCAUGAUGUCAGUAUUGCAGUUUAGUUUGCAGCGAGGAACUGCGCUCUUCCCUCCAGCGGUGGCGUUCAUGGAGACUUCCUCGGUAGUUCUCUCUCUCUCUUGCUCUCUCGCUCGCUCUCUCUCUCUCUCUCUCUCAUAUUUUUAUCAGUUUGGUUACAAAGGGGGUCAUGCAUUUCAAUCUGUAAAUAACUUGUGUGCAUGGAACAUAGCGUGGGCCAGAUUUUCUCUCCUUUUUUUUGGUCCCCCCCUCAGUAUUUAUUCUUUGCAGAUUCUAAUAAAAGGCUUCUGUUUUUAUUUGUUAAAACUCGGAUGCUAGAGGAUAGAAACCACAUUAUCAUAAAGACCGCCGCAGCAACAGCGUACAAGUAGCCUUGAACGUUAAGGAAUGGUCCUGGGUGAGAGAGGGGGGGUGGAAUAAAAAUCAAACGCACUUUCAUACCCGUUACUGUGUGAUGCGGUCGAUCGGCUCAAAAGCGGCGCGCGCGUGUGUGUGUGUGUUUCUUUAGUUGCGUGUCUCGGUUACAAGGCUAAAGAUGGGAACAUCUGCACCAAGACUAAAAGAAGUAAACAAAUGAGUGAUUUUUUUUUUAAUGCACAUGUGACCACGAAGCCAGCUUCUGCAUCUUUUUUGAGCUAUCAGCCCUCUUCCGCAUACACGAGCUCACAGUCUCCCGUGAUUGACUAGUGUCGCUGUGAUUGACACGGGAGAGUACGGGUAUGUCCUGCCCACCCAGGCUACAGACGGCCGUGGCAUCACCAGGAUUCAAACUUGCGACGACAGAGCUUAACAGUUGUUUUGUAUUAACAGAAGAGAUUUCUACUGACUACACGUCACGUUCCAUCACGCGUCACGUUUAGUCCUGGAGCUCUGAUGAAAGCAUGUCGGACAUCAGUCAUGUUAAGACCAGCCCCCUCCCCCAAAACAAAACAAAACAAACAACCAACCAACCAAAUGACCCCCUUAAGUCGUCUAUAUAUGCGUUUGAUUGGCAACUAAAAACAGUAUUUGUUGAAUGUAGCAGAUGAACAUGUCUUAACCUUUGCUUUAUCACUGACCUGCAUGUAGGCAUGUGCCAAGAAUAAUGUUUCCACGAUAUUGGACAUGUGCAAUAUUUAAAAAAUGUUUUGUGUUUUUUUUUUUAUUAUUGUGAACACACUUCCCUGCGUUGCGUUCGUCAUCCUUUUUGGACAGCUUCCCCCGUUCAGCUGUCUCAGACGGACAAAAACGGAAGACGUGCAGACCUAAACGACGUUGACGUGAACGUAACGUCACCACGUGAUCGCUUGCACGUCGGUUCAGUUCUUGAAUGGUUAACACUACUAUAACAUAUAAUAUAGUUAUUUGCAAAUAAAGAAUGCAUCACUUAAACUUAAAGUAGUUCUCGUGCAACCUUUCGCCAUCAGAAGUCGCAUCGUUUAUCAAACAGCUUCGACUUGUACGCAGUUAAAGCGAUUCUCUUUUUAACAUAAAGAGGCCGGUUCCUGCGAGAAGCCAAAGUUCAAAAAGCGAUCGAUCUUUUUUUUUUUUUUGUAAACUACAUUGAUUUUGAUGACGUCCAUUUCAGUUUCUUCUUCAACACUACAAAAUGUGUAGAAAGAGGGGUGUUAAUACUUUCGCAUCUUGGCACAUGUCUACUGCAAAAUGGCUCUUUUUUUUUUUUUUUACUUUGGAAAUUGAGUUUUGCGAGUCGUUUCCGUGACUCGUUGUACUUCCUGCGUUUUGUACACACCUGUUUGAAUGCUUGCUUGGUGGCGAUCCGCAAGGCAUCAGACGCUGAUAUGUACAGUACCUACUCGAUCUAUGAUCCGGUCUGUAAGAUAGUUGACAGCUCUGAGUAACUGUCAUUGUCACACUCACGACUUUCUAAAACUGGAGUUGAUUGGAGUGUACAUAGUUCUUUGUGUUUCCUUAAAUACCGCCAUUGUGAGAAGCCUAAAGGACUCCAGCGUUGGCUGUACUGGGAGAUCUCCUCUCACCAAAGUGUGAAUAUCAGAUUUAAAAAAGAAAAUGAAUACUGCUUCUGGUAGGAGAAGUGUUCAUGUUCAGUGGCUUUCAUGUGUUAUAACCAUUCUUACAAAUGAAAAUUGUCCUAUUUAAAUAAAUCUCAUUCAAAAGUG